AUACUGCCAGCCAAGCAACACGUAAAGUGAAGUUGUUCCGAAUAUAAUGGAAAAGUAUGAGAAACUAGCAAAAAUCGGAGAAGGAUCUUACGGAGUUGUUUUCAAAUGCAGAAAUAAAACCUCUGGCCAAGUGGUAGCUAUUAAAAAGUUUGUGGAAUCUGAAGAUGAUCCCGUUGUUAAGAAAAUAGCGCUGAGAGAGAUGCGAAUGUUGAAGCAGUUAAAGCAUCCUAACCUGGUGAACCUCAUUGAGGUGUUCCGGAGAAAAAGGAAAAUGCACCUCGUGUUCGAAUACUGCGACCAUACACUCUUGAAUGAGCUGGAAAGAAACCCGAGUGGCAUUGCCGAUGGAGUGAUCAAAAGUGUAUUAUGGCAAACCCUUCAAGCUCUAGACUUCUGUCAUAAACAUAACUGCAUUCACCGAGAUGUAAAACCUGAAAAUAUCCUGAUAACAAAGCAAGGAAUCACUAAGAUCUGUGACUUCGGGUUCGCACGAAUCCUGGUUCCAGGAGAUGCCUACACUGAUUAUGUCGCAACGAGAUGGUACCGAGCUCCUGAACUUCUUGUAGGCGACACCCAGUACGGUUCUUCGGUCGAUGUGUGGGCGAUUGGCUGCGUUUUUGCAGAGCUCCUCACCGGCCAGCCACUCUGGCCUGGAAAAUCAGAUGUGGACCAACUUUAUUUGAUCAUCCGAACACUAGGAAAACUCAUCCCACGGCAUCAGUCGAUCUUUAAAAGCAAUCAGUUUUUCCACGGCAUCAGUAUUCCCGAACCAGAAGACAUGGAAACGCUUGAGGAAAAGUUCUUAGGUGCUCAUCUCGUGGCUUUGAAUUUCAUGAAGGAGUGUCUGAAGAUGAAUCCAGAUGACAGAUUAACCUGCGCCCAACUCCUGGAGAGCCCCUACUUUGAUUCUUUUCAAGAGGACCAAGUGAAAAGAAAAGCCCGCAGUGAGGGAAGAAACAGAAGGCGCCAGAAUCAACUGUUGCCUCUCAUACCAGGAAGCCACAUCUCCCCUACACCUGCUGGAAGGAAACAAGUCCUCCCGUUAAAAUGUGAUCAUCUCCCAAACAUUUAGGGAAAUGUUCUUUCAAGUGGGAAGUCAUUUAAUAUGUACACAUUUUUGUACAAGUGUGGUAGGGAUUCUCAGUGUUUCAAAUGCAAAUGAGCCAUAUGCAAAUUAAGAUGCCUUCUAGAACUGUUUCUGCUCUGAUCCUUGCCGAUUGCUUCCCCGCGCCUUGUACAUGCCAACUUUGUCUUUCCGAACAUUUUCUUCAAAUGCUGUAAAGGCUGAAUUCAGCGACACACAUGGAGGAGACAGUUUCAAUUCCGCCAGGCCCUCCUCCGGCGAUUUCAUUCGAGAAUUGCGGGCAUGUAAUUUGAUUUGUAGGAAAUGUUUGCAUAUAUCAUCUUGCAUCAGCUUAUCCCAUUCUGUCUAAGCUCGUGGGAACUAGCUUACCUGGCUGUUUAUGGAACAAAUGGCGUUACGUUUCUGCAUGUCAGCACGCUGUUGUACGCAGGUCUGUGGAGUAGCGAAGGCAUUGAACUUGAUGUUUCUCUAUUGACGUCGGAAGGGAGCUUUGGCAGGUCACCUAGUGUAGUCCGUUUCCAGGCCAGACUCAUAAAACGUUGGCAGUUCUACGUUUAAAGCAAGGUAGCGGACACUCCGUACAUAACCUAGCAAAACACUGGACGGAUGACCAUUGUUCACCACCCUUCCUGACAAUCGCGCCCUCAGGAAUGGAUGACUGACUGUCACGCUGUCCGUUGACAUGCCUUGAUUCCUUCUCCCAGUCCUCUGCUAACUAGAUCAUCCCAGGGCCCAGACAGCUCCUCCCGGGGCUCUUUUCCAUCUGGUACCUUGUCACUGGGCUCUUCUCAAUAUUUGUAACCAUCGUAGCGCUGAACUCACGAAACCUUAACGAGUGCAUCGGAAUCAGGUCUGAAUUGUAAACGCCUGUCAGCGCAGGAAGCAUAUCUUCCAGUUAAUUUCAUCUUGGAACGCUUACAAAAAGGAAGCAAGCCAAAAUGACAGUGGAAAAGCAUUCCGAUAAAAAUGACUUGACAUACGUGUGUGCACGUGCGUGUGCUUCCAUAAAGAUUACAGCCUAGAGAACCUGUUCGGUCACAUAGAGUUGUUAUGAGUCAGAAUCUAUUCAACAACACAACAGUAAUGCGUACGCAGACUUGUGUGCUUGCACGUACAUGUAUACAUAAAAAAUUUGAGGAACAUCGUAAUAGAUACCACUUAUCUUAAACAUUUAAAAAGAAAGCAAAAUGCUUGGAAGUCCUUUUAGGUUGCUAAAAAGGAGCUGAGGUAAAAUAAUAGCCAGGCUCUCUGUCACUGUCUGGCAUAAAGGCUCACAACAGGAAUGUGCCUAUCAAUAAAAAUUAAGAGUAUUUCAUUAACUUUUCUCGGCCGCUAGGCCUGGCAUACUCCCUCAAACGCUGCCAGCUCUUACAAAGGCAGGUUCUUCCAGAAAUGACGUGUGUCUGGCACUGAGUGCAGCCUGCCCUCUGUUCGCCUCUUAAAGGCCAGUGCCACUGACCAGACACUUCCAAGCACCGCUGUGUGCACUUCCAGGAAAUCUCCCUCAGUUCUGCGCGUUACCACCGAAUGACCCCCAAAUUCAGAGCAUCUAGAGAACCGUUCACGUGAAGGACAUGGUGAGGGACUCUUUGGCCAUCUCCUAUCCUUAGGUAGUGGGUGAGGCUUUCUUAGUUCCAGAAAGAGUCCCCUUCAGGUAUGCUUCGUGCAUUUGAAAUAGUAUGAUACCUCUAGGAAGGUAUGAGAAAAAGUAGGAGAGUGUUUCUGUGUGGCUUCUUACUGAGCAUUCUUACUGAACAAACAGGUGUUUGCCUGUUUGUUUGUCUUUAAGCUUUCUCUAAACUGCUCAUGCUGCUCCAGGACGCACGCACGCAGACGCACGCACGCACAAAACCACAUGCCAGCACAAGGUUCCAUCACCUACUUUACUGGAAAUUGUGUAUCAAACAAUGGAAUUCUUGGCAGGGAUUGGUGGUGACCAUCUUCCCUCAUUUUUGGCUUACAUUUAACAAUCCAAACUAGCCAUUCUCUUUCUCAGUUCUUUUUCUCAGACAAAUCCAUCAUUCAGGUACCCCCUCUAGGAGAGUGGUUCUCAACCUUCCUAACGCCUCGACCCUUUCAUAUCGUUCCUCAUGUGGUGGUGA